AUGAUCACCGAGAAAUUAAAACCAUUCUACUACCUUAAUCGUGAACAACUCGUCUGCACGCGCAUAUUGCCGUCCAAGUGGUGGAUGGAGGAGCUGCUAAGCGGUAGAUUAAUCCCGUGGCUGUUCGAUAUCGACGAGAGAUAUCUGUUCAAAGUAGACAAGAAGUUCAGAGCUGAAACACCCGGCGAGCCCUUCAACAUUAUAAGAGACUUGGACUGGGAGCUGCUUUGCCGCCAGCUAGGCCAGAACGACUUGUUUGAGCCGGGCGGCAUCCUGCACGGAGAGAAAGAACUCGAGAACCGCUGGCGUAUCUGGCGUCUUCUCGACCGCGCGGUCUUCGUUCCUAACUUACCGGAUGGACCUCGUUCUUAA